AUGGGAAAAGGAGAAAACCAUAUAUCAAUCCUCUCGUUAAUAUGCUGCGAACUCUUUAUCUCUGAAGCACGGAACCAUGCUGUCCUUGAUGCCAUCCAACAAGCAGGGAGGCUUGAUCCAGAAACUAUCAUCGUCAAUAAAUUUCAAGAUGGAGCUUAUAAUAGGGACGUUAGAUUUACCCUGGUGUCAUACGUGAUGCGUGGCAUCACUGGGAGUCCCAUUUACAGCCCAUUGCACCAAACCAUCCUAGCAAUGGUCGAGGCUGCCUUGCGAGCCAUUAACCUGGAGAUGCAUUGCGGGGCUCACCCCCGACUCGGCACCGUCGACGACAUCCUUUUCCAUCCAUUGACUCGGGCAUCACUAGAUGAAGCGGCUUGGCUUGCCAAGGCAGUCGCAGCAGACAUUGGCAACAAAUUUCAAGUGCCCGUUUACCUCUAUGCUGCAGCACACCCAACAGGCAAGGCUCUAGACACCAUCAGACGAAAGCUUGGAUACUACAGACCAAAUUUCUUGGGCAAUCAAUGGGCAGGGUGGACCAUGCCUGAGAUGCUUUCGGAGAAGCCUGAUGAAGGACCAACCAUAGUUUCUCGAGCAAGAGGCAUCACCAUGAUCGGGGCACGUCCAUGGAUCACAUUGUACAACAUACCCAUCUUGUCCACGGAUGUUUCUGCUGCUCGAAGGAUCGCUCGUAUGGUGAGUGCUCGUGGAGGCGGGCUCCCGACAGUGCAAACACUGGGCCUGGUUCACGGUGAGGACUCAACCGAAAUAGCUUGCAUGCUCUUGGAGUCAAAUCAAAUUGGUGCUGACAGGGUCCAAAGCCGAGUUGAGAUGCUUGCAGCUGAAGAAGGGUUGGAUGUGGAGAGGGGAUAUUUCACAGACUCUUCACCGGAGAUUAUUCUUGAAAAAUACAUGAAUUUAAUCUCAGCUAGCUGA